AUUUGUACUGUAACAGUAGCCUGUUUGCUUGUCCUGUUGUGCAUAACAUUACCUAGCUAUAAAUUGCUUUCAAAAGUCCCAAUGUUAAAACAAAUCAUUCGUGCAUUUUCACACUGUAUUAAAUACACUCAUCACAAUUGAAAUUUCAGGUUGUUAGAUUAGUAUUUUUAAAGCGACCACUUUACUGGAGUGUAGUUAUGGAGGUUGCUGAUAUAGAAAAGGAACCUGUUAUAUCAGAGCAAGAAGCUAGGAGAUUAGAACAUUUAAAAGAAAUGGAGAAGCACCGGGGGCACGAUGCAAUGCAUUUGGAAAUGAUCCUUAUUCUAAUGGUAACUUUGGUGGUUUCACAAGUUGCAUUGGUUCAGUGGAAAAAUAGACAUCCAAAGUCUUAUAAUAUGGUCACACUGCUUGGAAUGUGGAUCGUCCCUCUCAUAUUCACCAUCAAAAUGUUGUGGUUUCGCUUUAUAGUUACCUGGGUUAUUUACACCAUAGUCACUUGUUUUGUUGUUUUAAAAGCAAGGAAGAAACCUCUAUCUGGAACAACACCAAGAUUAGUAUACCGUUGGUUUCUCAUCCUAUUCAGGAUAAGUUACAGUGUUGGAGUGUUUGGAUACAUACUAGUUAUGCUCACGAUGAUGGGGGUGAACAUUAUGUUUAGGAUUAAACCAGAAACGGCAAUGGAUUUCAGCAUUGUUCUCCUGUUCUAUGGACUUUACUAUGGUGUCAUGUCAAGAGAUUUUGCCGAAAUUUGUUCAGAGACCAUGGCGUCCACUAUUGGUUACUACACUAGAAGUGGGAUGCCUACAAAGAAUUUAGCUGAUGGUGUAUGUGCGGUAUGUGGUCAGGUACUCAUUCUACCAACAGAUCAAUACGAUACUUCAGUUGAGAAGGUCUACAAGCUCUCAUGCUUCCACACUUUCCAUGAUUCAUGUAUUAGAGGAUGGUGUAUCGUCGGUAAAAAGCAGACUUGUCCCUACUGCAAGGAGAAGGUUGACCUUAAACGUAUGUUUACUAGUCCAUGGGAGAGGCCACAUAUAUUGUAUGGGCAGUUACUGGACUGGAUUCGUUACCUCGUUGCUUGGCAACCUGUUAUAAUUUCACUUGUGCAACUUAUAAAUUGGUCUCUAGGUUUAAAGUAAUGUGCAAUCUGUUUUUUUUUGCAAAAUUUUCUUAUAUUCUUAAGAGAUAUAUAUUUAUUUUCAGCUAUAUUUGUGAACAGUAGAUAUGUUAUAUUUUUGUUGUGUUGUACGUCUAAAUGGUUUUACCAAAUUUAGAAGUUUUAGUUUCGUUUUAUAAGCUUUGCUGGAAUUUCCGAGCAAACCAGUAUUAUAGCUCAACUGUAAGUUUUGGGUUUUCUGUAUUACGCAUUCAGUCAAACCAAAGCUUCCAAAUUGUGUAAUUCUGCUCGUUAUAAGUUUAUAAAAGUGGUCAAGCCACUUGUUAUAUUUGAAACGGUUAAAAAUAAAACAGACUGUUAUUUGAAUGGGAUCUAACAAACUAUGCAGAUUAAGACUCUACCGUCUGCGAAAUUUGGAAAUAUAUUUGACAAAAUUGA